AUGGCGCAGCUCCUUGGCAAGAUGCCCCUGCAAUUCACUAGCAAGCAGGCUGCAGAGGACAUGACACUGGCCGCGUACAACCGAGCACUCAAGCUUUCUGGACCAGGUCUACAAGUUAUGGGUGUUGGAUUUACUGGGUCACUGGCAAGCUCACGUCCAAAACAUGGUGACCACAGGUUUUAUGUGUCAACGUGGACACAUAAUUGCCUCAGGACAUCACAUGUUACCUUGUCAAAGGGUUUACGGAGCAGAGAGGAAGAAGACAAGGUUUCAAGCUACUUUUUGCUUAAGGCAAUAGCAGAUACCUGCAGAGUUUCUGCAACCAUUCAGUCAGACAUUCACGAACCUGAAAUUCCAGAAGAAAGCAUGGAGCAAUUUGAUGAAGAUCAAGAGCUUCAGCAAGUUAUUGAUGGGCAAGUUUGCAUGAAAGUCUAUAAUUUUGCUGCUCUGGCGGAAAAUAACUUCAACAGAAAAAUAAUUCUACCUGGUUCGUUCAACCCCUUGCAUGAUGGCCACCUUAGAUUGUUGGAAGUUGCAUCAAGCAUGUGUGAUGAUGGGCUUCCAUUCUUUGAGAUAUCAGCAAUUAAUGCCAAUAAACCUCCACUAUCUAUUGCAGAAAUUAAGAGACGUGUUGAGCAAUUUAGAAAAGCAGGGAAGAAUGUGAUUAUAUCUAACCAACCAUACUUCUAUAAGAAAGCGGAACUUUUCCCAGGAAGCGCUUUUAUAAUUGGUGCAGACACUGCAGCAAGGCUUGUUAACCCUAAGUAUUACGGAGGAGAUUACAACAGAAUGCUGGAGAUACUUCUCGAAUGUAAAAGCACAGGUACCACUUUUCUUGUUGGUGGCCGAAAGAUUGAAGGAGAUUUCAAGGUCCUUGAGGAUUUAGACAUUCCAGAAGAGCUGAGGGACAUGUUCAUCUCCAUUCCGGAGGAAAAGUUUCGCAUAGAUAUUUCAUCUACUGAAAUAAGAAAGAGCCAAGGGCUCUGA